UGUAAUUUCUCGCUGUAUGUACCGUAUUUAAAUAUCCAAAUAUACAAUGGUUUAAAAAGUAGGACCUUUAUUUGUAAAACUUAAAACAAAUAAUGUUUAAAUAUAGAAAUGGCCAUUACUGAAAAACACUUAUUAUGGCUGAUUUUAGGCUUUCUUGUGUUACAAUGGCUGUGUGUCAUCUUACCGACUAUGUUUUUAACAAGGAUGCCAAAUGAAAUUGUAGAAAAUCAAAAUUUGAUUGUCUUAUUUGACAAGGAAAACAUCAAUAAAGAACGAGUAGUGGACGAUAAGGACACCAUUAUUUCCAUUGUUGACGAAUAUUUACAACACAACGAAAAAAGGAAUGCUCGUAAAACGGAAGUGUUGAAUACUUUAGGAAUCACCGAUUGUAUGGGCUGUAAGAAGUUUGAUUUCAAAACACUGUUGAAUACGGGAAGAUGUCUUUACAUGCCAGACAACAAACUUCAGAUAUUAAUUCUGAUUAUGAGUACACCUACAAAUGUAAUACAGCGUAAUACUAUCCGGAAUACAUAUCUUACUAAUCUAAACAAGAAACCUUUAAAACAUGUGUUUGUGCUUGGUAAAACGGAGAAUCCAAGGAUGGAAGCAUAUAUUAAGCAAGAAAGUGAUUUUUAUAAUGACAUUGUGAAAUUUGAUUUCUUCGACAGUUACGAGAACUUAACGAUCAAAUCGGUAAUGGCAUUCAAAUGGGCAGUAUGGAAUUGUGAGCAUGCGCGUUUUGUUCUGAAAGUUGACGAUGACGUUUGGAUAAAUACAGAUGCUUUAUUACGCGCAUCUGAAUCAUCUUCAUUCAUCAAUUAUAUAGGAGGAUUUUGUUACAACGGUGCUGAACCGGUGAGAGAAACACAACACAAACAUUUUGUAUCCGAGCAAGAAUACCAAGGUGAAAAAUUCCCGCCAUAUUGUAACGGUCCAUCUUAUAUAAUGACUAUGCAAACAACAGAAGACGUUAGUAUUGUGGCGGAUUAUCUACCUUUUCUACACAUAGAAGACGUUUUUAUAGGUAUAUGUAUGCAGACAUUGAAUUAUACCGUUACACAUAACCCAAAAUUCCAUAGAAAUGAGGGGUACAGACAUGAAUGUUACUACAAAUCUGAUGACGUGUUUACUUACCAUCAAAUACCGCUGCCUUUCUUUGAUAUUAUACAGAGAAACAAGUGCAACGGACGACAAAACUUUACUGAAAUAUCUCUUGUAGACCUAUCACAACAGUACCAGUUGAUAAACAUAAAUUUUGCAGACUUUUCUAAAAGGCCGAAAUGUGACAAAUGUUUCAACUUCCAACAUGUCGUUACCAUCAGUAACAAUGUUUGUGAACUUGGAAAGUUUCACCUAUUUGUACUAAUAUUUUCUUCACCUUCAAACAUUAAUAGAAGAUUAACUAUAAGGAAUACUUAUCUCAAACCAUUCAGACGUCAGAAUCCCCAUCUGCGUUUUUUGUUUGUUAUGGGGAACAGCAACGAUAUGAGAGAAAAUACUAUGAUGAAGGAGGAAAAUAAACAAUUUCAUGAUAUUUUAAAAUUCAAUUUUUCAGAUACAUAUCUGAAUUUGACUUUAAAGACUUUAAAUGGCUUUAACUGGAUAUCUCAAAAGUGCAGAAAUGCAAAAUACGUUCUAAAAAUAGAUGACGAUGUCUGGCUUAAUGCACCGGAGUUGUUGAAAUCACUACAAACUAAUGUCCCCUUUCAGCAUGUCGGAGGAGAAUGUCAUUUCAACGGGCAACCUAUACGACACCCAGCAAGUAAAUAUUAUAUAUCACCCAAAACUUAUCCAUAUUCUAAUUUCCCAGCUUUUUGUGCAGGACCUUCUUACAUAUUGCGACGAAAUGUCAUCAACGAUAUUGUACAAAUAGCGCAAGAUGUGCCGUUUUUCCAGUUAGAAGAUGUUUAUAUCGGGAUGUGUCUAUAUCAUCUCGGAUAUAAAGUGACAUACCUUCCUACUUUUAACACGUAUACAAAAUUUCAGUUUGAUUGUUGGUUUAAAUCGGAUAAAGUUCAAACGUUUCAUUCGGUCUCAUCAGAUUUUAUGUCACAAAUUUGGAGAACGGAUUGUUCAAAAUAUUCUCACGAAUUGUGGAAACAAGGAAUUCAAGGUAAAAAAAUGGGUACAUUCAAAAAAUUUCGUCAACUUGACACUGGAUUCAGAAAAGAUGUCAAACACGAAAAGAUUAACUCAAUGGAGAGUGUUAGAAAAUAUAUACAAAAUGAACUGGUUCCUAAAAUAAAAAAUGAUGAAUAUCAAAAGAAAAAUAGUACAUAGCCAAAUUAGAUACUAUAUCUUUUAUGACAUGAACUAACGGCUCAGUGUCGGCAGGUAGCAAAUAACCGAGCGAGAGGUCAAAUUAACAUGUUGAAGAAACAUCAAUGAACGGAGUUUGGGUCCUCAAUGCUCUAUAACUUUGUACUUGUUUGGCUUUUUAACUAUUUUGAUUUGAGCGUCACUGCUGAGUCUUAUGUAGACGAAACGCACGUCUGGCGUAUUUAAAAAAAAUUAUAAUCCUGGUACCUAUGCUAAUUAAUAUGACAGAUUUGCGUAUAUACAUAUCGAAAAGGGUAUAUAAAACUCAGUGUAUGGUGAAAAAUGAAUGGAAAGGGUAUUGCAAACUGUUUAAAAGUAUUGAACACUGUAUAUGGGAAAGGUAUAGAAAACACGCAUUCUUUAUUAAUUUGAUUUGCCCCUAGGCUCUUCAGGUAAAACAAUCUAUUUUAAAGAAUGGCUGUCUGUCUUCAUUGAUUAUAUCAUAUAUAUGACUUUUGUUCACAGCUCUUCGUGUUGCUUCUUGUGUGCUGAAAACAAAUACUGUACCAUAACCAUACAAGGGCAAAUAAAGUUGUGAUACAAUUGUUUAAAUUCCCAUGUUGUUUUAACUUUUUGUAUUACCAAUUUAAAGCCUGAUAUUUCUUUUUUACAAAGUUAAAUAAUAUUAGAUGGACACGUUUUUGAACGGAACAAAGCUAACAUCCGAAAUCCUAUAUAUAUAUAGUUACUAGUAUUUAUUAUCUUUCUCAAGUUCCGAUUGAUGAACAUAAGAACUUAUCACUUUUAUGAUUAUGAAUAAAAUAAUCAUUGGGUAUAUGUCAAUGAGGCAGCAACCCAACGUUACAAACUAGUAAAAUAUAGUAAAAUGCAAUCUGCAACAAAAGACAAGCAUAUACAAUAUAUAUGUGAAAUCAACAUUUUGCAGAUUCAAAAACAUUCGUGAAUAAAUUAAAUGUAUUGUCUAUUUAAUGGAAUUGUAUCCGACUAUCAUACAGAUGAGAGAUUUAGCUAAUUAUAAAAACCAGGUUUAAUCCACCAUUUUCUACAUAAUGAAAUGCCUGUACUGUAGAAUUAAACAGCUGCUUUCCAUUCGUUUGAGUUUUUGAUUUUUCCAUUUGAUAAAGGAAUUUCCAUUUUCAAAUUUUCCUUGGGCUUCUUUUUUUUUUUAUUAUUUUACUUUUUAAACAAAAACCAGCAAAGAUCUGUCAUCAUACUGAAAGAUUUCUUAUCUUACUGACUUCUCCAAAUAACCACCAAAACAUUAAGAUAUCUAACAAAAGACAACCACUGGCGAUUUUCCCGACUUUGGGCAU